CUUCCAGAAACACUAUAACCGCAACAACAACCAUGGCCGACGGCGAAAUUCGAAUCCUACGCGGUUACGAGCUCCGUCUCCUCCGAUGCACCGUAUCUCCACCACUGUCACCUCCCGAGUCCCUGCUCCCCGACGAAUCCCGAUCCGAAACCCAUCCUCACGACGCUCUUAUAAGGUCCCUCUUGUCCUCGAUCGAAGCUGGAGACUACCUCGGAGCUCUGGCCUCGGACGCCGCUGGGGCGAUACUCGGAGACUCCGAGCUGGAGCUAGUCGACUCGGUCGAAUCGGCGGGACGAGUCUACUCGGAGAUUCUCGACAGGGUCGAGUCCUUCGUCGUGGGUAACGAUUCGUCGGAUGAAAUCGACAAGGCUCGCCGCGCUGUUGUGGUGAUGUGCUUAGCGAUCUCGUCUGCGUUUUGGUUCACUCGCUGUAAUUUGACUGGGCCGACAGAUCGAACAGUGAAGUGUUCGUUGCCGUUUAAAGUAACAGAAAGUAAGGAGUUAGUGGAAUGGGAGAACUGGGCAAAGAUUCAGCUCAUGUCUGCAGGCUCUGACUUGCUUGGAAAGUUUUCUAAUCUCCAGCACUUAGUGUUUGCUAGAAUGCUGCUGUUGAAGUUGAAAGAUUUGCUGUUUGAGACAACUUCAACCGAAACGUUUGAACUGAGGACUGUUUCGUGGUGGCUUGUCAGAGUUCUACUUAUUCACCAGAGAGUUCUACACGAGCGAUCUUCAUCUUUGUUUGAGAUGCUGCAAGUCUAUAUGGCUGAGGCUCUUGACCAUUUUGGAGCCUUGGAAAAAGUCGAAAUCUAUUGGGAUACUACCAUGUUCCUACAAGGCGAAGUUUCGUCCAUAACGUCAACCAUACAUCUGGAAGCGUGUGUGUUGCAAUAUAUUUAUGGACGGAUUGAUCCUUGUCGGUUGCAGCUUGAAUCUGCUAAAGCAGCAUCAAAGCUCGAGUUCUCUGUUAGUGGGGCUUUUGGAUUUCGUACGAUUCACCAAGUAGACCCAAAGGCACAAAUGGUAUUGAUAGCCAAUACUAGUGCAUCCAAUGGGGACGUGAUGUUGGCCUCUGGUAAAGCUGAUGUUGGACCUUAUGAGGCUUGGGGAGGUGAAGCACCUGAAGUAUACAUGACUCCCAAACUCGUGAACGAUGAGAGUGAAGCUGGCAAAGAUUCUGCGACCCUAAAACCAGUCGAACAGGCAAUGGUUUUGGCUCAGUGCCUUUUAAUUGAACGGGGUAGUCGGCACAAUGAGAUGCAAAGAUGGGAUAUGGCUCCAUACAUUGAGGCGAUUGAUUCUCAAAAGUCAACAUAUUUUGUUCUACGGUGUUUCUGUGACUUACUACGUGUUCGUUGGGAAUCAACUCGGGGUCGUACAAAGGGACGUGCCCUGGAGAUGAUGGAUAAAUUGGUUAACGCCAUUAACAAGAGUGAUCCUGAAGCAUCAGAAAGAAUCCCUUUAUGCUACGCAGUCCAUCUUCCCACCAUUCCUGCUUUGAGGAAGGAAUACGGUGAGCUACUGGUGAGCUGCGGUUUGGUUGGGGAAGCAAUCACAAUAUUUGAGAGCCUGGAGUUGUGGGAUAAUCUAAUUAACUGCUACUGCCUUCUGGGAAAGAAAUCAGCGGCUGUAGAUCUCAUCAAUGCACAGCUUUCUGAACGGCCAAAUGACCCAAGACUAUGGUGUUCACUUGGUGAUGUUACGAUUGAUGACUCCUGUUAUGAAAAAGCCCUGGAAGUGUCAAAUGAUAAGUCAGUUCGUGCUAAGCGCGCUCUGGCUCGCAGCGCAUACAACCGUGGCGAUUUUGAGAAGUCAAAGAUGCUGUGGGAGGCUGCAAUGGCCUUGAAUUCUCUGUACCCGGAUGGUUGGUUUGCUCUUGGUGCUGCUGCAUUGAAGGCCAGGGAUGUUCAAAAAGCACUUGAUGCAUUCACUUUUGCCGUCCAACUUGAUCCUGACAAUGGAGAGGCCUGGAACAACAUUGCUUGUCUGCAUAUGAUUAAGAAGAAGAGCAAAGAAUCAUUCAUCGCAUUCAAAGAAGCGCUUAAAUUCAAGCGAGAUAGCUGGCAGAUGUGGGAGAACUUCAGCCAUGUAGCUAUGGAUGUGGGAAAUAUUGAUCAGGCCUUUGAAGCUAUACAAAAGAUACUGAGCAUGAGCAAAAACAAGAGGGUCGAUGUUGUUUUACUGGACCGUAUAAUGACAGAGUUAGAAAAUAGGAAUUCAGCAUCUUUAUCGGUUGAAACUGAAGCUUCUUCUGAUGAAUUAGAUGAAAGAAAACCGUGUGCUGCGACACCAGCUGAAACUCAGCGUCACUUAGAGAUGCUUGGGAAAAUUAUUCAGCAGAUUGUCCGAACAGAAAGUACAUCUGAAAUCUGGGGAUUAUAUGCAAGAUGGAGUAGAAUCAAAGGAGAUCUUAUGGUAUGCAGCGAGGCACUGUUGAAACAAGUGCGCUCAUAUCAGGGAUCAGAACUGUGGAAAGACAGAGAGCGUUUCAAGAAGUUUGCAAGAGCGUCAUUGGAGCUUUGCAGAGUGUACAUGGAGAUCUCAGCGUCCACAGGAAGCAAGCGAGAGCUCUUUAGUGCUGAGAUGCAUCUGAAGAACACAAUCAAACAAGCCACAGUGAGUUUCCCGGAGAGUGAGGAACUGAAGGAGCUUGAAAGUUGCCUAGCGGAGGUGAGAAAUGCUAUGAAGAAGUGGGAAGAGACUACAAAUACAACAAAUAGUUAGUCUCUGGUUUCCGAGUGUUGUAACAUUUGUAUCAUUUUUUGUUGUUGUUUGGGUCAAAAGACGUUUUGUAUUUGGAUCCAUGACUUUGGUCGUGGAUUGGUUUUCUUUUUACCAAUUAUAGCAUGACA